CCACAACACACCCCACCCGACCAAACACCUUCUCCUCAACCGCAAACAUGUUCAAGAAAGACAUAACCUCGGGCGCGAAAUCCAAGGUAAAAUCCAGCGCCCAACGCGCCAUCCGCUCCAAAGUCAUCGAAGAGUACCCAAAACUCGAGCCCUACAUCGAGGACAUACUGCCCAAGAAAGAGCAACUAGACCUCGUGAAGCUUCCAGACCGCGUCUCCCUCUACACACUCAACGGAACACCCCUCUUCUUUCAACACAUGGACGACGCUAUCCUCCCCCACCUGACACUCGUGCACAAAUACCCAACCGCGUUCCACCGUCUGCGCAUCGACCGCGGCGCAAUCCGCUUCGUGCUGUCCGGCGCAACGCUCAUGGCGCCCGGGUUGACCUCUCCGGGGGGUCGACUGCCUGGCGCUGACUUGUCGGACGAGGAUAAGGAGAUAUAUGGGUCUGAGGAUCUGGCGCCGGGCACGGUGGUGGUGAUUGAGGCGGAGGGGAAGGAGACGGCGUGUAUGGUUGGCGUGCUGAAGAUGGGGACGAAAGAGAUGAAGGAGGCGAAGAAGGGGCAGGCGUGUGAGACGGGGCAUUAUCUAGGAGAUGGGCUUUGGGGGUUGAACUUGGCGUGAGGACUUUUUGAAUGGGGCGGGGCACUUUCAUUACUGAGGAGAAGAGUCGGAUAUCGGCAUCAGUGCUUGGGCAUGUGUGGCUAGGUAUGGAGGACGCAGAGCGAACAGGUCAUAUCUGCAUAGAGAUUCCAGAGCUGUUCAACCUUAAAGCCUCGUGGAGGAUAUUGGGCGAACAAGAUGAAGUCACAGGGGCUAUGUGCAGGGAGAAUUUACAUUGGAAGUAAACAUGGUAUCAUUAUAAGCCAGCCGUGAACCUCCUAGCCAAUAUACGAAUGCUAUCUAAUUAUGCAUUCAUACCCAGCCAGACCGUCUCCAUAACGAACC